AUGUCAAAUCACUCCGUUAUUCGCAUUGCGAAGGAGUUGGCAGAUAUUCAGAAGGGUCCAGAUUUUUCUUUGGCAGUUGCUUGUCGAGAUAUCGAUGUUCGAGCUGUUAAAGCAAUUAUCAUCGGUCCACCAGAUACACCUUAUGAGUUUGGGUUCUUUGAUUUUGACGUUAGAUUUGGUAAAGAAUAUCCUACGAGAGCUCCUACUGUUCUUGCGGCUACCACAAAUGGAGGAAGAUGUCGUUUCAAUCCAAAUAUCUAUGCUCAAGGCAAAGUCUGUUUGGUAACUACCAAUUUUCCAGACAAUCGCAUUAAAAUUUUAAAACUAAACAAUAUCAAAGUACAUGGCGCGGUGAAAGAGGAGAAGAGUGGUCAUCAGCACAAGGACUUGAAUCCAUUUUAA